UGAUCUUGAAAGAGCUGUCCGUCAUCAGAGACCGAGCCGGUAGCGCCUGCCUCAGGGAGCUAGACAAGAGCAACAGCCCUCUGAUCAUGGCCCUCUGUGGCUCCAAAGGAUCCUUCAUUAAUAUCUCUCAGAUGAUCGCCUGUGUCGGCCAGCAGGCCAUAAGUGGCUCUCGAGUCCCCAAUGGUUUUGAGAACCGCUCCCUUCCCCACUUUGAAAAACACUCAAAACUGCCUGCUGCUAAAGGCUUUGUGGCGGACAGCUUCUAUUCAGGUUUGACUCCCACCGAGUUUUUUUUCCACACCAUGGCCGGCAGAGAGGGCUUAGUGGACACUGCUGUGAAAACUGCAGAGACCGGCUACAUGCAGCGACGUCUGGUGAAGUCUCUGGAAGACCUGUGCUCACAGUACGACCUGACAGUACGGAGCUCCACCGGUGACAUCAUCCAGUUUAUUUAUGGAGGUGAUGGCCUGGACCCGGCUGCCAUGGAGGGAAAGGAUGAACCACUGGAGUUUAAGAGAGUCUUGGACAACAUUCGGGCCGUUUACACAUGUCCAGACGAGCCGGCACUCAGCCAGAAUGAGCUGGUCCUCACCGCAGACGCCAUCAUGAAGAGAGCCGACUUCCUGUGCUGCAGGGACAGCUUCUUGGAGGAGAUCAAGAAAUUCAUUAAAAGUGUCUCAGAAAGGAUCAAGAAGACCCGAGACAAGUACGGCAUCAACGACAACGGCACCAGUGAACCAAAGGUUCUGUAUCAGCUGGAUCGCAUAACGCCAACUCAGCUGGAGAAGUUCCUUGAAACCUGCAGAGAUAAGUACAUGAGAGCUCAGAUGGAGCCCGGCUCUGCGGUAGGGGCCCUCUGCGCUCAGAGUAUUGGAGAGCCCGGUACCCAGAUGACGCUGAAGACCUUCCACUUUGCCGGUGUAGCAUCUAUGAAUAUCACACUGGGGGUGCCUCGGAUCAAAGAGAUCAUCAACGCCUCAAAGAACAUCAGUACACCUAUAAUCACAGCUCAUCUGGAUGUGGAGGACGACGCUGACUUCGCCCGACUGGUGAAAGGAAGGAUCGAGAAAACUCUUCUCGGAGAGAUUUCCGAGUACAUAGAAGAAGUGUUCCUCCCGGACGACUGCUUCAUCUUGGUGAAAUUAUCACUGGAGAGAAUACGGCUGUUGCGACUCGAGGUAAACGCAGAAACGGUUCGUUACUCCAUCUGCAUGUCGAAACUGCGAGUGAAACCAGGAGACAUCGCUGUGCACGGUGAAGCUAUAGUGUGUGUUUCUCCGCGAGAAAACAGUAAAAGCUCCAUGUACUACGUUCUGCAGUCUUUAAAAGAAGAACUUCCCAAGGUGGUGGUUCAAGGAAUACCGGAGGUGGCCCGAGCCGUCAUUCAUAUCGAUGAACAGAGCGGAAAGAAUAAAUACAAACUCCUGGUGGAGGGCGACAACCUGAGAGCUGUCAUGGCAACGCACGGAGUGAAAGGAAGUAGGACGACUUCUAACAACACCUACGAGGUGGAGAAGACGUUGGGUAUCGAAGCCGCUAGAUCCACGAUUAUUAAUGAGAUCCAAUAUACGAUGGUGAAUCACGGGAUGAGUAUCGAUCGGCGUCAUGUCAUGCUGCUGGCAGACCUCAUGUCCUACAAGGGGGAGAUUCUGGGCAUCACCAGGUUCGGUUUGGCCAAAAUGAAGGAGAGUGUUCUCAUGCUGGCGUCCUUCGAGAAAACAGCCGACCAUCUGUUCGACGCCGCCUACUUCGGUCAAAAGGAUUCAGUCUGCGGUGUGUCUGAGUGUAUCAUCAUGGGAAUCCCCAUGAACAUCGGUACAGGACUGUUCAAGCUCUUACACAAAGCCGACAAAGACCCGUCUCCGGUCAGAAGACCCCUCCUCUUUGAUCACGCAGACUUUCACAUACCUCUGAUCACAUAACAGCAGUGGGA